AUGGACAUUGCCUGCCCAUCCCGGGACCCGCGGCCGGCCCGGCCCGGCCCACCUGUCCCGGGACACAUGGCAGACCUCGGACCCCACAUCACGGGACACGUGGUGUCCCCUCGUCCCGGGACCCGCGACAAGCCCAGUCUGCCCAUCCUGGGACAUGUGGCGGUCAUUGCCUGCCCAUCCCGGGAUCCGUGGCUGGCCCGGCUUGCCCGUCCCGGGACAUGUGGCGGACAUCGCCUGCCUCUCCCGGGACACGUGGCGGACAUCGCCCGCCCUGUCCCAGGACAUGUGGCGGAGAUCGCCCGCCUGUCCUGGGACCCGGGGCGGGUCCGGCCCAUCUGUCCCGGGACCCGCAGUGGGCCAAGCUUGCCCGUCAAUGGGAUACGUGGCGUCCUCUCACCCCCCAUCCCGGGACCAGCGGCGGGCCCGGCCGGGGACAUGUGGCGGACAUUGCCCGCCCGUACCUGGACCCGCAGCCCCCUGUCCCCGUACCCACGGUGGCCCUGGCCCACCCGUCCCGGGACAUGUGGCGUCCCAUCGCCCGAAUCCCGGGACCAGCGGCGGGCCCAGCCUGCCCGUCCUGGGACACGUGGCAUACAUUGCCCGCCCGUCCCGGGAACCGCCACCCCGGGACACGUGGCAGACAUCGUCCGCCUGUCCUGGGACCUUACAACAAAAUUUUUACAUCUGAUCUGUCUUCGUAAGGCCAGCACUGUCUUCAUCGCGCCAUUCCUUGAAGAUGAACAGCGGCUUCUGCAGUUUCCAGUUGUCCUCCUCUAG